AAACAUGAGUGCUGUCACACCCUUUCCUUGCAGAGGACCUGGGCAAGCUUCCUGUCUGCAGAGCACAGGAGAACACGCUUCUACAGAGAGAACCAGGUUUCCAAUUGGUGCCGACACAUGGAACUGAGCUGAAACUGUACUCCCUAAUUUUACACAUUUGAGAAACAGGCCUCAGAUCAUCAAGAUGAAAGCCAUCAUCUUUGCAGCUGUUGGAGCACUGCUUCUGUUGCCUGCUUCCUGUCAAAGCGGCAUGGAGUAUGAGGCAGACAAUUUGGCAAAGCCAAUCUUACCUAUUAAGACCUUCCGUGGAGCUCCCCCAAAUUCUUUUGAAGAGUUCCCCCUUUCUGCCAUAGAAGGCUGGACAGGAACCACCACAACUGUAAAAAUUAAAUGCCCUGAAGAAAGUGUUUCAAAUCUCCAUGUGAAUAAUGCUACCAUGGGGUACCUGAGCAGCUCUUUAAGUACCAAACUGAUACCUGCCAUCUAUAUCCUGGUGUUUGUAGUAGGUGUGCCAGCCAACACAGUGACCCUGUGGAUGCUCUUCAAGACCAGAUCUGUCCGUAUGACCAUCUUCUACACCAACCUGGCCGUUGCAGACUUUCUGUUUUGUGUUACACUGCCCUUUAGAAUAGCUUACCAUCUCAAUGGGAACAACUGGGUAUUCGGAGAGGUUGUGUGCCGGGCCACCACAGUCAUCUUCUAUGGCAACAUGUACUGCUCCAUUCUGCUCCUCGCCUGCAUCAGUAUCAACCGCUACCUGGCCAUCGUCCAUCCUUUCACUUACCGGGGGCUGCCCAAGCGUACCUAUGCCUUGCUAAUGUGUGGACUGGUGUGGACAACGGUUUUCUUAUAUAUGCUGCCGUUCUUCAUUCUGAAGCAGGAGUACUAUCUUGUCCAGCAGGACAUCACCACCUGCCAUGAUGUCCACAACACAUGUGAGUCCUCGUCUCCCUUCCAACUCUACUACUUCAUCUCCUUGGCAUUCUUCGGAUUCUUAAUUCCAUUUUUGGUCAUUAUCUACUGCUACACAGCCAUCAUUUGGACACUUAACGCGAAAGAUCGUAGGUGGUUGUGGUAUGUUAAGGCGAGUCUCCUCAUUCUUGUGAUUUUUACCAUUUGCUUUGCUCCAAGCAAUAUCAUACUCAUUAUCCACCAUGCAGAUUACUACUACAACACCGAUGGCUUAUACUUCAUCUAUCUCAUAGCUUUGUGCCUUGGUAGCCUGAAUAGUUGCCUAGAUCCAUUCCUUUAUUUUCUCAUGUCAAAAAUCACGGAUCACUCUACCACUUACCUUACAAUGGUGAAAUCAUCUUAGAGAACAAGGAAAGCUGUUUGUGAAAACAUACAUUCUUUGGGAUAACAUACGCAUAGUGCAAGAAGCUCUAUUCUCUAGCUCCGUUUGUGAGCCCCUAAGAAAUAGUGUUUCAAAAUAAAACAUUACAUAAACACUAA